CUGCUAAGGCAGCAUUAUUAUUGAGGUAUUACAUGAUAACAAGUCAAUGAUUUCAACUUUUGAGCACCACGUAGUCUAAUGAUGAUCACCCUAUUUUUAAUUAAGUUGAACUUGUUUGGUAAAGAAAAACAACAGUUCAUGGUGUGGCCAAAUGAUAUGUGCCAUUGGUCCAGUGAAGCUUGCUAUCGAGGUCUAAAAGGCUCGAUUUGACUAAAUACCUAUCAGACCCCAGUCCGUUCAUUUUGUAUUAAAUUAAAGCUUAUUUUUCUAUACACUUUUUUUAAACGGCACCGAGUUCAACUAUGUUGCAAUUCUUCAAGCAACAACUCACCUGUCCGAAUGACUGCAAGAGGAACGCCUUACCUGAGAAGUGAUGUCACACAGCAGGAAAGCAAAUGUAGGUGUAACUCAUUUUCCUCAAAGCGAAAGAAUUACACGGAGGUCCAAAGCCGUAGUCGCGAUUUGUGCCAAUCUUAGUUCAGUUAUAUAGCUUAUCGUUUGAGAUACCGACGCUGAAAAUAAAGGCAUGACUUUAUCAACGGUCGGCUGGGCUCUGCAGCUUUUGGGGAUCGCGUACGCCGUGUUCGUUCUAUCAGAGGGUGUGACACUGACCCUCACCCCUGACCAGGGCACUACUCUCAACAUCAGCCAGAGUUCAGAGCGCAGCAGGGGGUCAACGUGUACGGUAUGCACCGGUACAGGCUUGAAGAAGUCCUGCUCCAGGCCUGGAAGUGAUUAUGUGGUGCUGCUGACAGACCACAAAGCUGCUGUGAACAUGGUGUUCACCUGCACCAAACCAGAGGAAGUCUUUACUGUGGAGGUGGUCAGGGAAAUACAUUGUACCACAAAGUCCUGUAAUGGGGACAUCACCCCCAUUGAGUCUAGAACCGGUACGCUUCCACUCAAGAACUUCAACCGUACCUUUAUCUGGAACCUGAAGGCCCCGGUUCCACGGGCGUUCCAUUUGGACUUCACCCAGAUGGGGCUGAGACAGAUCCUGGCCUCUGAGAGAUGUCCAGACCAGCACACGUAUACCCUGCUAGCCCUCCAGAGGACAGGGGAGGCUGCCAUCGGGACGUACUGCAGGAACGGCAGCGUCUCUGGAGCUCAGGUCUUGAACCAGGGCAGGCUCUCUCUGGAGGUCACUGGAGGACGGGAACUGAACCCCACCAUGUUCAACGUGUCUGUUGGAGAGGAAAUCAAAUCACUUGCUGUCCUCAAAGUGACUUUACCGGAAGGGAUGUCAUCUUCGGAGUUGCUCUCUCCAAACUACCCGAAUAGUUUCCCUGACGAUGACCUGAUGGAGUGGAAGUUUGUGGUCCCUCCCAAACACAACGCUACGGUUGUCUUCCUGGGUCAGACCCAGCCGCAGUGCCUGAAGAAGGAGCCGGCUGUGGAGUAUCACUACAGUAAUGGGCGGUUCGCGGUGGUGAAGAAGCUGUCGGACCCCCAGCCGGCCCAACGUCGGGACUCCUUCUCCCUGAUCCUAAGGAACUGUGAGAUGAACAGGAUCGGGGACGGCUCCACUGGUCUCUCCCUCCACUUCAAGGUUUCAGCCAAGAGGAGGAGUCUUCCAGUGUUGUGCAACGUGGACCUGAGGAAAGAGCGGGGGCUUUCCCUCCAUAUUGAGAAGACUAACCUCAUGUCUGACUGUGAGCUGAAGCUGAACUCUGUCAUCCAGAAGAAAAUCACUGUUCCCUCAGGGAAGAUCUCUCAGUUGUCCUUCCAGGACUGCCCAUGUCAGGAGCUGCUACUGACCGCCACCAGAAUCAUAGAGUGCCGUCAGUGGAGGGACUGCCCAGCAGCAGCAGCCCCUGUCCCUCUGACGGUGCCCGUCCUGGAGAGGUGUCUUCCCGCCCCCCUGGGCAGUGUCACCUGGAUCCUCCGUCCCCCUCAGCAUGGCACGGUAGAGCUCCUGCCCACUACUGGCAACCUGAGGCAGUCCCUGCCAGAACAACCCUGCAACGGCUCUGUCACUCUCACCAUUGCCGAGGACGAUGACGGCACCACCGUGGGUCAGUUCUGCCCUCAGGGAGCCAUACACAAAGUCCAGGUCCACACCAACGUGUCCAUCACAGCUUCAGCCUCGACCGUGGGAGGCAAAGAGAGGUGGCCAUUCUCUCACCCUUUGCUCAACAUCUCCUUCACCAGGGAGAUUGCAGAGAGAUACAUAUUCACGGUAUACCCAAUGAAAGGAGUACCAACUCUCCUUGCCACCCCUAGUUGGCCUGUGGGAAUGAAGUCCUACUCCACUGUGUCCUGGAUCGUCGAUGUCCCCUCCAAGCUGGAAGCCCACCUCAUGUUCGACAACAUCAGCCAGCCCAAGUGCAGCAACCGCCACACGGGCAUCAGGGUGCAGAUCCGGGGCUCCCUGGAGGAAAUGUACAGCCGGCGGGAGGACGAGGAGGCAGGCAGGAAGAUCAUUGUCUCAGAGAGCUUCUACCUCAACAUGUCCAACUGUAUGCCUGAGAGAGGAAACUUCAGCAUGUUCACACGGAUCACACUGCACAAGGAUAAGAACCUGCUUCUGACCAGCAUUCUGAGUGCGGUGGCAGCUCUGCUGGUUCUCAUGGUGGUUGUGUUGGCUGUGGUUUGUGUGGUGAUCAAGAAGAAGAAAAGGCAGCUGUCUCACCAAGUGUCCACCUACAACCCCAACGGUACCAGCUUCCUGCCAGGGCACAACGGGAGUUUCCCCAAAUCACGAAAAGACAACGAGUCCCACAUCUACGCCUCGAUCGAGGACACACUUGUAUACAGCCAUCUCCUGCGAGAUGGGGCAGAGAUGGGUGUCUAUAGAGACCCGGCUGUGGAUGUGUACCAGAGCUUUACUGGGCCCACAGAGACUAAGCCCCUCUCUCUGGGGACAGUCUCUGAACAUCCAGAGGUGGGCAUCUACCAGCCUUUUGUGCCCCCAUCCCAUUUUGCCCCACCCGUCCCCAAUAGACCCUUAAGUCAAGCCCAGCAGCCUAUGGUGGACAAUGAGCUGUACGGCUCCAGAAGCAAUGGUGACACCCCUGCACAGUCUCAACCGAACAAUAUGAACACAGAGCAGGCUCCAACGGUGGAGCCAGAGGCUCAUGACUGAAAGGGAGUGGACUGUAGGUUGGGGGUAUAUGCCAAGCACAGUACCAUAGCCCUUCUAUUCAUAGCAUCACAGUACCAGUCAAAAGUUUGGACACACCUACUCAAUCAAAGGUUUUUAUUUAUUUUUUACUAUUUUCUACAUUGUAUAAUAAUAGUGAAGACAUUAACUAUGAAAUAACACAUAUAUAAUCAUG